CAUUUAGCGAUAAGUGACACUCUGGGAGGGGAAGCAGAACAAACUGUAAGCUGCUAGCGGAUCCAUCUUGCUCGAAAAAGAGGCGAGGGUGAAGGCUUCUUUCAGUUUAGUAUCUCAAAAAACUGUAUCGUCCCCCGUUCAGCGCGCUGGGGAGCCCGCGGAGGGGCUGUAUUGCUGUUUGUAGGAUGUCCCGACAUGAGGGUGUGAGCUGUGAUGCGUGUUUAAAAGGGAACUUUAGAGGAAGACGGUUCAAGUGUUUAAUUUGCUACGACUACGACCUGUGUGCAUCGUGCUACGAGAGCGGAGCCACAACAACAAGACACACCACAGAGCACCCCAUGCAGUGUAUAUUAACCAGGGUAGACUAUGACUUGUAUUAUGGAGGAGACACUUUUUCAGUAGAGCAACCCCAGUCAUUCACAUGUCCUUAUUGUGGGAAGAUGGGCUACACAGAGACGUCCCUACAGGAGCAUGUCACCUCAGAGCAUGCAGAGACUUCCACAGAGGUGAUCUGUCCAAUAUGUGCUGCCUUGCCAGGCGGUGACCCAAACCACGUCACAGAUGACUUUACAGCUCACCUCACACUCGAACACAGAGCGCCAAGAGAUUUAGAUGAGUCCAGCAGUGUUCGGCAUGUACGCAGGAUGUUCCACCCUGGACGAGGACUGGGCGGUCCCAGAGCACGGCGGACAAAUAUGCACUUUACUAGCGGCUCCACAGGGGGACUUUCAUCCUCCUCAUCACAAAGCUCCACUUACACCCCCAGUAACAGAGAAGCAAUGGACCCCAUUGCAGAGUUGUUGUCUCAGCUGUCAGGUGUGCGGCGUGCAGCAGGGGGGCAAAUAAACUCAUCAGGGCCUUCAGCCUCCCAGCUCCAGCAGCUCCAGAUGCAACUGCAGUUGGAGCGGCAGCAGGCUCAGGCAGCACGACAGCAAGUGGAGACAGGCCGCCACGCCACACGACGCAGCAACAACCCAGGCAACGCCGGCAACGCCAUCCCUCCACCCAGCACAGCCACUGCCAACACUGCCUCUGUGGGUGAAAGUAAUCCCUCGUCCUCGUCCCACAGCUCCCAGUUCCUAUUAGCACGGUUGAAUGAACCUAAGAUGUCCGAAGCAGAGCGGCAGUUUCUAGAAGGAGAGCGCGCAGACCGCAGCCUGUUCGUCCAGGAGCUGCUUCUGUCUACGCUGAUGCACGAAGAGAGCUCUUCCUCCGACGAGGACGAACGCCGAGACUUCGCCGACUUCGGAGCCAUGGGCUGCGUGGAUAUCAUGCCUUUAGAUGUGGCGCUGGAGAACCUCCAGCUCAGAGAGAGCAGCUCUACGGGGAAGGAGCCUCCGCCGCCUCCUCUUUGAUGUCCGAGCAUCAAGCAGACUGUGUCCUCUGUGUUGCAACUGUAAAUGUUACAGGCAGUUGUGGCAGACCCUUGCUUCCUGUGACAUGCAAACGGCUCUCCGUAUAAAUACUCCACAUUCAAAAGUCAAGAGGGCAUAGGCGCCUCUGAUGAAGCUGCUGUGUGUGUUUAUGACUAUUAAUAAAUAAAAAGUGCUUGGAUGGGUUACCAUAACUACUGCAUGCAGUUAUUUGCAGCGUGCAUGACUUUUAAUGACCUUGUCAUUAAAAACUUUUUUUUUUUUUUUUUUUUUAAAUAUCCCAAAGCUUUCAACUGUUUCUAAAUGGUUAUUUCAAGUAUUGAAAAUGGAGUAGUUUACAAAACUGACAUGCUGAAAUUUAACGUCUAACAAUAUAAUUUGUUAGGCUCUCUUUUUUUGAACGAGUACAUAUAAUGAAGAGAAAACAAUUUGGGCUCUGCGGUAGCUUCUGAAGAAAUGCUGCAAUGUGUCUGUCUCUCAGCUCCAGAUUGCCCAGAUUCGCCAGCGACGACUGUCUGAAUAUGUCGAUCGCUGACGGGCAGCAGAGCUACGACUACUAGGAACUGAAGAAAAGAGAGCUUGCCUCUGAAUUUUUCCUAGAUGUUUAUGUUCAGUGAUAAGCUGUGUAGACACCAUAUACGUUAUAAUUCAUAGAUAAGUGCAGACGCCCAACUCUGUCCAUCGCUCGUUCACGCUAUUUUCUGACGUUCGCUCUUAUGUACAGGCCAGUGUCAGACCACAUGCUUUAGAUGGCUUGUAUGAAUUAUUUCUUUGCUGGGUAACAGGAGCUUGAGACUUUCCACACUGCAGUUUUGUUUUUUUUUUCUGCUAAGGAUAGCACUUUCUAUUUAUUCAUGUUUGUUUUCUGAUUCUUUUUGAGCCUUGAUAAUGAAUCAUGCCACCUUCAUGCCUAUACUUUUACCCUCCUAUGUAAAAUACAAUAAGAUGUAUAUUGAAUUUGUGCGUUAACUUUCAUAAUGGUUCUAAGACAUGGGCAAACUUUUUUUUAAAACUGUAAAUUUAGAAUAAAAUAAAUCUAAACUGCGCACAGCUUUUGAUGAAACCAAG